CCGAUUAUUACUCGGAAUAUUCCGAAGACGUAUUUCAAGAUGGCUGCAGUUCGGAUAAAUAAAGUUGUAAAAAAGAAAUUAUUAAUAUUACUGGCUGUGGUUGCUGUGCUGGUAAAGAAAUCAUUUUGUACGUCAAAACCUGUGAUUGCAACCUUGGAUGCUAAAUGGCCAUCAACACCAAUAUCAUUAGAAUCAAGUGAAUUUUUAGCAAAAGAAGGGAAUGAUAAAUUUUGGGAGUUUGUAGAAUUGACCAAAUCAUAUCAUAAUUAUGAGACACAUUUAGACCAAUACAAUUUCAUAAUUGAAUCAGCUGGAAAGCUUCUAUCUCCAACCUUGCUUAAUUUAUUCAAAUUUUCAUUAUCCAUCAGAUAUUUUUCUCCUACCAUUGAAUUAUUUAAUCAGGUAUCUAAACAAUUAUCCGUGCCAGAUUGUGCAGCAUUCAUUGAAGUUGAUAGUCAGGUCACUUGUGAUUUAGAUGAAGCAGUAAGAUUGAUUGACAACAGCCAACAACAAAGCUCUGAUAUUUAUACUUUCACCUUCGACCAUGUAUAUCCAUCCAGUGGCAAUAAUCCAGUAACCGCUAUAUUAUAUGGAGAACUGGGCACUAAAAUAUUCGGUCAAUUUCAUGAAAAACUGCAAGAGCUCGUUCAAGAAGGAAAAAUACGAUAUUUACUUCGACAUUAUGUGCAGAACGCGUCCAAAGAUAAAGUACGUCUCUCGGGCUACGGCGUUGAACUUGCUGUAAAGAAUACAGAAUACAAAGCAGUGGAUGACAGUAAAAUUGAGGGUGAUAAAGAAGAUACCAUGAAUAAAGAUAAGGAAGAAGAAAAAGACAUCGAUGGAUUUCUGUUUGGUAAAUUAAGAAAGUUACAUCCGGAUUUGAACGAACAGCUGGAGCAACUAAAAUCUCAUUUGUUGGAAAAUUCCAAAAUUAUGGCUCCACUCAAAGUUUGGCAGUUACAAGAUCUAAGCUUUCAAGCUGCCCAACGUGUGAUGUCAACGGAUGGUGAUGAUGCUUUGAAUGUUCUUCAAGAUUUAAGUCAGAAUUUGCCGUCCAAAGCAAGAUCCCUGGUCAAGACAAAAGUUAGUGAAGAAAUGCGAAAGGAAAUUUUAUCUAACCAACAGGAAUUUCGGAAGUAUGAUAUCCAUCCAGGCAGUACUGAACUUUUUAUUAAUGGCUUGCAGAUCUCUGUUGAAGAUCUUAACACAUUCAGCUUACUCGAUCUUCUCAAAGAAGAGGGAAAAGUUUUGGACCGGCUUUCUAGUAUUGGAGUUAAGGGUAAAGAUUUAGCCAGUAUGCUGACGAUGUCGGUUGAAGGUGAAGAGGAGUCAUAUGCUGUUGAUAUGAGACAUCAUUCUGUCUUUUUUGUUAAUGAUCUCGAACAUGAUGCCCAAUAUCGUGAUUGGCCUUCUUCUGUGACUGAGUUGCUACGGCCAACGUUUAUGGGCAUGUUGAGAUACAUUGCUAAGAAUAUAUUCAAUUUGGUGCUUUGUAUUGAUCCCCUGGCGUCAACAACGUCAGAACUGAUCAACCUUGUCGAUGAAAUGAUUCAAAAUCAAAUGCCAAUCAGGUUUGGCCUCGUUUUAGUGACUGAGGUAGACGAUAAUGAUGUUGAUGGACGAAGCGACGCUGCCGUUGGGAUCGCUCGAUCAUUUUAUUUUAUUGCUAACGACGACGGACCUGAUGCUGCUUUUAUAUUUUUAACCAAGUUGUACGCGAACAGUGAUGGAAUCCCAACAGCUGAUGAGGUUUAUUCCCAGUUUAAGAAACAAUAUAGUCAAGAAGAAGCUGACGAAAUUCUAGGACCAAAUACUGAUCAUGAUGAUUUGAGAAAGUCCGCGAAGCUUUUCUUUGAUCGAAUUGGCUUACGACGACUGCCUCAAGCUGUAAUGAAUGGUGUUCCAUUGGAUAUUGAAGACAUAAGUAUGUUUGAAGAAAUGGUUGGUAGGGAAAUCAUGAUACAGACUGGACCUUUGCAACAAGCGGUAUACACGAAUCAGCUGCGAGAUGACAUGGAUGUCUAUAAAUAUAUUAUGGAGAAACCAAACGUUGUCAAACGGCUAAAUACCAUCAUCCAAGAUUCCACGAGACCUCGUAUUGAUCUUGUUGGAAGGCCAUGGACAGAGGAUCUUCCAGGUACUAUUGAAGAAAUGAAAGCAUUAGGGAAUGACCAUCUUGUUGAUAUUGUCAGAAGAAAUAUGAAUUAUUUUAUUGGAAAGAACGAAAUGAAUUUACGACCGAUAACGUACUGGAUAAUCACGGACUUGAAAAACACAGAAGGAAGGAAGCUUUUUGCAGCCGCUUUAGAUCAGAUGGUGAAAUCCGAAAACAACAGAGUUGGUGUUAUAUACAACGGUGUUGAUCCUGAAUAUUCAUUACCAGUUUUGAUGGAAGCAAUAUUAAACUCAGAUUCCUAUGUAACAUCUGGCAUAGUCUCUUUGGUGAAGUCUAUUCUAAAUGAUUCUCACGAUUACGAUGAACUAUCUUCCAGUAUUGAUGCAAUUAUUGACUUAGCUACGUCAGUUAAGGGUUUUAAAAUUGCGAAACUGAAGGAAAAUUUAGAACGCAAUCGUGAUUCGUACAAGAGAAAGGCAGCUAUCCACCAGUUGUUCUGUGAUAAAGUAUUAAACUUAAAGAAAGGCGAUAUUGGGAUUGUUGUUAAUGGCAGGGUGUUGGCGCCAUUACAAAAAAAAGAUAUUUUUAUCUCCGAUGAUUUUGAACUUCUGGAGACUCUUGAUAUGGAUACGUACGCAAGAAAGAUUCGUAAUCAGGUUGAUGGCUUGGAGUUUGAAGGCUUAGAUGCUAACGAUGAUACAAGUGAAUACCGAAGUGAUGUUAUCAUGAAACUUUCCUCUGUCCUUGGCUUAAGAUCUAAGAAAAACAGACAAGAUGUUUCAUUUAAAGAAGAGCAUAGUAUGCUUCAUUUUACCAACGCUGAAACUGGAAUUAAUGUUGUUGCUCUUAUGGAUCCUCUAUCUAAUGGUGCCCAAAAAUUAAUUCCGGUGUUAAUGGUAUUACGUGAUGUCACUAGAGUAAAUAUGAAGAUAUACAUGAAUUGCAGAGAAAAGUUGUCUGAAAUGCCACUGAAAAGAUUCUAUCGUUACGUACUCGCACCUAACUUGCAGUUCAAUGAAGACGGUAGUCUUAGCAGUGGUCCUCAUGCAAUGUUUCGAGAUAUACCCGAAACACCUUUAUUAACUAUGAACUUGGAUAUACCCCAAGCCUGGAUGGUUGAAGCUGUAAAAUCUCCAUAUGAUCUUGAUAAUAUUUACUUAAAAGAGGUAGAGCAAUCAGUUGUUGGUAAUUUUGAACUGGAAUAUAUCUUGAUUGAAGGUCAUUGUUCUGAUAUGAAUACUGGUCAACCACCGCGAGGUUUGCAGUUUACUCUUGGGACUAAAUCAAAUCUCGAGCAGUUUGAUACAAUUGUCAUGGCGAACUUGGGAUAUUUUCAACUUAAAGCUUCGCCUGGGUCUUGGAUAUUGCAACUUAGAGAAGGACGUUCUAAAGAAAUAUUCGACAUCGAGAGUAUAUCUGGGUCGUCGACUGCUAAACACGGAAGUAAUGAAAUCGUUGUUGUUGAUAAUUUCUUGGGUGAAUUUUUAAAAGCAAAGGUGAAGAGAAAAUCUGGUAAGGAAGAGGCUGACUUGCUUGCUGAUGAAGUUGGACAAGAGAAUGGUGGGCUAUGGGAUUCAAUUUCUAACAUCGUCGGUGGUGGCAAGCCAAGUGCUUCAAGCAAUGAAACUAUCAAUAUCUUCUCUGUUGCUUCUGGUCAUUUGUAUGAAAGAUUUUUGAGAAUAAUGAUGCUGACUGUUAUGAAAAAUACGAAAAGUCCAGUGAAAUUUUGGUUUUUAAAAAAUUAUCUUUCGCCAACAUUCCAGUCUUUUGUGCCUUACAUGGCAAACGAAUAUGGAUUUCAGUACGAAUUUGUUCAGUAUAAAUGGCCUGGAUGGCUGCAUCAUCAAACUGAAAAACAAAGGAUUAUUUGGGGCUACAAAAUCCUGUUUCUCGACGUCCUCUUUCCACUAAGUCUGAAGAAGAUUAUUUUUGUAGAUGCAGAUUUGAUUGUUCGUGCAGAUCUUAAAGAACUUAUGGAUUUGGACUUGGAACGAGCUGCUUACGCCUAUACACCGUUUUGUAAUAGCAGAACAGAAAUGGAUGGCUUCAGAUUCUGGAAACAAGGCUAUUGGAGAAACCACUUAGGACACAGACCUUAUCAUAUCAGUGCUCUUUACGUCAUUGAUCUUAAACGAUUUAGAAAGUUAGCGGCUGGCGAUCGUCUUCGUGGACAGUAUCAGGGAUUAAGCCAGGAUCCAAACAGCUUGUCAAAUCUUGACCAGGAUCUUCCAAACAAUAUGAUCCAUCAAGUUCCCAUGAAAUCCCUACCACAGGAAUGGUUGUGGUGUGAAACUUGGUGUGAUGAUGCUUCAAAACCCGCAGCGAAAACUAUUGAUUUGUGUAACAAUCCCUUGACGAAAGAACCAAAGUUAGUUAGUGCCGUACGUAUCGUUAAAGAGUGGCCAGAUUAUGACAACGAAAUAAAACGACUGCAAGAACGUGUUGCAACAAAUAGAUCACAAUCACCAAGAGAUGAAAGAAAUAAUGAAGCCCCCGAAAAGGAUGAAUUGUAAAUAGUUUGGCCUCUGUAAACCUUGACGUCUGGAUCAGUAGGAUGACAUGAAUACUGCCCAUUCAAGUUCAUGCAACUGUGAUACAAUCAAAAUUGUCUUCUGAAAACAAACUAAAUAAAUUUUAAACUUUGAUAUGUCAGAAAAUAGGAAUUUGUUCAAGUAAAUGACACCAAAUACAAUUUUUUUGUCAA